UCGAGCGCUUUCUUCUGCACCUGUGAAACACAUUCAUCUGUCUCAUGUGAGGAAAUAUCACAUUCCGGAGGAAUGCCUCCAUCUCAACACAUCUCAUAACAAUAUGAAUGCUUUGUGGCAAUUGAUGGCAUAGUCGCUGCUCUUUGAGCAGAAUGCUGUGAUGACGUAGAGCUCCUUUAAUGCACACCGGCAGAAACAGUCCGAUGAUUAAGCAGCACUUAUACAGGCAUGGCUUCAAACCUCACAUAUGGAACGAGCCCUACAGACGGGCCCGGUAAAAGCACUUGUGGUGUGAUCCUGCUCUCACUCACUCUCUCUGCAUUAGUUGUGCUGACCACGGCCAUGAACUGCUUGGUCAUUUCAGCCGUCAUUGUGACGCGCAAACUGCACCAUCCUGCCAACUAUCUCAUCUGCUCUCUGGCUGUGACCGAUCUGUUAGUGGCCAUACUAGUGAUGCCCUUCAGCAUCGUGUAUAUCGUGAAGGAGACGUGGGUUUUGGGACAAGUGAUGUGCAACAUCUGGUUAAGUGUGGACAUAACCUGCUGCACAUGCUCAAUUUUACACCUGGCAGCUAUAGCUGUUGACCGUUAUCGGGCCAUCACAGAUGCUGUAGAGUACUCCAGGAAGAGGACAUCUCUACAGGCCGCUGUGAUGAUCAGUGUGGUUUGGCUUCUCUCCAUAUUUGUCUCUCUGCCUCCGCUGCUUUGGAGACACUAUAAAAACACAGAAGAGGAUGUGUGCAUUAUUAAGCAUGAUCACAUCAUCUUUACUCUUUACUCCACAUUUGGGGCUUUCUACAUUCCCCUUAUACUGCUUCUCAUUCUCUAUUAUAAGAUCUACCGUGCAGCCAAGACUCUUUACCACAAAAGAGGGACCAGCUGCCUCAACAAGCCAGAGAUAAACGGACACAUGCUUCCCAAGUGCAGUGACAGGGAGCCAACGACACCCGACACCCUGAGUCCUCCAGAGAAAUCUGUGUCUGAACCCUCCACCGAAGGUGACAGAGUGCGCAUCACGGCAAAAAGCCCAAAGUCUCAGUCUUGCAGAGAAAGGUCUGUCAGGAGACAUCACAUCUCAAGCACACGUGAAAAGAAGGCAGCCACCACUCUGGGCCUCAUUCUAGGGGCGUUUGUUAUCUGCUGGCUGCCGUUCUUCAUCCAUGAGGUGAUUGUGAACAUCUGUAGCUCCUGCGGCCUCCCCUCUGCCGAGAUGUCCAACUUUCUGACUUGGUUGGGUUAUCUCAACUCGCUCAUCAACCCCCUGAUCUACACCAUCUUCAAUGAGGAUUUCAAAAGGGCUUUUCAGAGGCUGAUCAAGUGCAAGAAUUGUCCCUAGCACAAAUGAGGGGAUUAUGUCAUGUGAAGUGUGAACUGAAGGAGGAUGCCUGCAAUGAAAACUGUCAUGUCAAUAACAUAGUCAGGCAGAACCGUCAAAUGACUGUGACUUUUCCUGAAUUUACACAAAUGUCUUAUAUUUAGAUAGAAAUCUGUAUAUGCAACUAGACUGGUUAGAGCUGAACUAUAUUUUUAAAGGGGAUUUUUAACAUUAUAGACAAACAUUCAAAUUUGUAUGUGAAACCCAUUAAAGGAAUAGUUUACCCAAAAAUGGUCACCAUUUAUUUACUGUUGUUACAAACCCAUAUGACUUUCUUUCUCAUGCAGAAAACAAAAAGAAAAUCGUGAUCCAUCUUUUUAAAGUGCUUAAGAACUUGCAUUAUGUAGCACUAGCAUUGUUUAGCCACUGUGAACGAGUUUCUCUCAUAAUGCAUUUCAUUGCGCAACGGACAUCUGCAAAAUGUAUUCCAUGCCUUUAGAAGAUUUAGAAUAUGAUGCAAAAACCAGAUGGACUACUUUUAUGAAACUUUUGGGUCCUUUUUUUAAACUUUAAAGUGAGGCGCAAUCCACUGCCAUUGCAUUGAAAAGCCGGCCUGCGAUUAACAAAUUAAAAAUCUAUUUUUGUGUUCCGCAUAAGAAAUAAAGUCAUACGGGUUUGGAAUGACAUGAGGGUAAGUAAACUGUGACAGAAUUUUCCUUUUUCUGUGUACUAUUAUGUUUUUAAUUGCAAUUUAUCAGAAGAGGUAGAAAUUCAGUUUACAACUCAUCAAUACAUAAAUCUUCAGCCAUGAAUAUGUGAAAAGUGUCAAAGAAAAGUUUAGAUAAAUAUGUAAUAUAUGUGCACUGGGAUUUGAAAAUGAUACAUGACACACACAAUAGAACUGUUUAAAUACUUUUAUUAUAUUGUAUACUUGGAUUUGGGAAUCCAAGGUAAGGCAAGUAUUUGUUAGGCAAAUAUGGUGUGCAUUUGUUUAUGUUUUUUGUAAAGAAUUAUACAAUAUAUGUUUUAUUUUAUAUGACUUAUGUGUGUUGCAGUGAGACCAAAGAAGUGAACAGAGAACAUUUAUUGCAGUAAUGCAUUCAACCUUCUAGAAAUAGACUAUCUGACACUGGCCCAUGACGUAGUAAAUAUUUGU